AGGCAUCACUGCGAAAACUGUCAGCAUUACCAGAGUCAGAGUUAACUCAUUGUAGAAUCUGGCAACAGAAAUAUUUUAUAUUUCGAGAGUCAGGCAAUUGGAAAAAAUGCCGAAAAUUGGUGGCGGCAAAUGCCACAUUAGCAAAUUCGACGAACAAGACAAUGGAGCUGACAGCUUCAAUUGUGACGCAGUAUUGAAAGAAUUGAAUGGAAUAGAGAAUGAAUACCAUCGCAACGAUGAAAGCAAAAGACGUGUCCGGUUCAAGUUUUCCCAGCAAAAAAGAAAUCUGAUUUUGCGUCCAGGUAGUACUUUUGACAAUGUGGGCAGGGCAUGGACAUCAUGGAUCAAUGAGCGACGCAAGCAAUUGAAUGCUGAAGCACCCAAACUGAAACGAGGAUCUGUUAAACUUUUGCCGAGCCCAUAUGGAUGGUAUCAAGUUAAGAUAUUCAAUGGUCAUAUCUACCCAAAGAGUGCUCUGAUAGUUGCCCUUUGGGAUGCGAUGUCUCCCGAUGAAUUUGAGCCGCAUUAUUGGCGUAUCGAACAGGAUUGUGCUGUAUUCUUUACAAACGAUUUUGAGAUGGCUGGACGUAUCCAACAGGUGGGUAGAAGUGCUUGUCUAUCGAACGGUUUCCUUUUGAUGCCACGCGUGAAAAGUGGCAUUCCCCUGGCUGUUGUCGAUGAUGUACUUAAGCUAAAGAUGAAGAAUGUAAUGGCCAAGCGUUACAAUGCAGAGACCAAGGCUUUAAAUCUAACACGCUUUUAUGCCGAUCCCGAUUUGAAGCUUACAUUUUGCCCGCUAUUUCAGGAUAAUGUAAUGAGCGCGGCAUUAGAUAUUAUUUGCGAGAAUGUACCUGAUUUAAUGUCCUUGAAUCUGAAUAAUAACAGUUUAAGAACUUUGGAGACGUUUGCGUCAGUGGAGACGCGUUUGCCACAUCUCCAGAUCCUCUAUUUGGAAGGGAAUCAGCUGCCGAAGUUGUCUCAACUCUGGGUAUUUCAUAAACUUCCCAUUGUGGAGUUGGUAUUGCGUCAAAAUUCCUGUGGCUCGCGCUAUAAGAAAUAUGGGCAUUUUGUCAGGAAAAUACGUGAAAAGUUUCCCAAGUUGCAGAAAUUGAAUGGCGUAAUUCUCGAUUUGCAGGUGAACCUAGACUUGAGGCAAGAAGCUAUGCUGCCAAUAGCAAAAGUAAAAAAUUCAUUCAUUUGCAAUAGUGACGGCGCUAAGGUAGUACGUCAGUUCAUCGAUCAAUACUUUUCCAUAUUCGAUUCGGAGAAUCGUCAGUUAUUAUUGGAUGCAUAUCAUGAGGAUGCCAUGCUGUCCAUCUCGACGCCAUCGGCCCAUCAAGUUGGAAAAUUAAAAAGCUUUCGGCAAUUCAACCGCAUGAACGGUCGCCUGGCUUGUGUCGCUGCAUUUAAGGAGUUUCCGCGCACUGUGCACGAGGGACGCACUUUCACUGUCGAUCUUACACUGUGUACCACGCAAAUGAUGGUGUUUACAGUGUCGGGGCUCUUUAAGGAGAUGACCGACGAUGACCAGCAGUCCUACAUUUUGCGCCACUUUACCCGGACCUUUGUUGUUUCGCCUCACAAUGGGGGUUUCUGCAUUCGGAAUGAGAGGAUUUUUAUAAUGAAUGCUUCGCAGGAUCAGAUAAGAACAUACAAGCGUUCUCUUUGCCAACCCGUUUCGGCUGCAGACACUUCUUCCAACGGUUUGGUAGCCGGUGGUGAAACUUCCACGAGUACGCUUGGCAAUCAUCUUAAUCCUGUUGCUGUCAAUGCUGUAACACCAAAGGUUUCCGCAGUCAACGAUGAUGCCACCAAAUCGCAAAUGGCUAAUGCAUUAAGUGCACGGUCCCAAAUGAAUCUCGAAUGGAGUUACAAGUGUCUGGAGGACAAUAAUUGGGAUUUCUCGCAUGCCACCCUUGUCUUUGAUGAACUUUUUAAAUUGCAGCAAAUUCCACUUGAGGCAUUUGUGAAAUAAGUCCAAUAACAACAUUCAUGAACUGUCCGCCCAAAUAAAUCCAGAUGCAUUAUAAAAAGGCAAAAA